AUGACUAAAAUCAAGCUAGUUUUAUUCCUUUUAGCAGUUUUUAUCUCUUUGGCUAUGAUCCUUGCUGCCUUACAAGGGAAUAAAAUGAUUCAAAAUUAUUAUUCCUUCAACAAAUCUAUUGAUAGUGAUCUCGCUUUAGAUAAAUAAUAUUCUGAAAUAUUUGGAGCAAAUGAUAUAUUGAUUAAAGUGGAGUUUUUCUGCUUCUUCGUGACUUUACUUGGAUUUUUCUUUUCACAUGUAUAAUUUGAAAGCAAAAUAUCUAGAAUAUUAGUUGCUCUUUCAUUUAUUUCAUCUACAGUAUGGAUCAAUUUCGCUUUUUUAUUCCUUUAUGGAGCAUCUGAUUUAAACAACUUCAUGGCUUAAAAUUAUUUAUACGUGAAAAAUCUUGAAGAAAAAAAUGAUCCUGAAAAUUAACCAGACCCAGAUAUGUACCUAUUUGUUAACUCAUGGCGCAUUCUGUAUUAAAUAAGAAAAAUUAUUUUUAUAUCUAUAAUUCCUACUCAAAUAGUAUACUUAAUCUUCUUUAGAAAGUUUUUUGCACAAAAGAAGCAAUUUAUUGAAAAGUAGAAGCUUUAGGAAAUGAUGAAAAUAUACGAAUAACUUGAGCAGAAUUAAAUUUGA